UAUGUGUGUGUGUUUGGGGCGUGGCUUCUCUGUGAAAUUGAGUUUUUUCCCCCCUUUUUUUUUCUUGCGUUUCUCCCUCCACUUCAAAACUGCUGUCGGGGGGGAAGUUGUGUCACACUCUGCCUACGCUACAGAUCCGCAGAUGCCGCUGAGACGCUCCACGGGUCGGUCGCUCUUGGUGUGAAAAACAUCCAGAGAAGAUGUACAGGUUCAUUAAGAUGGCUGGUUCUGCAGCUCACACUUGCGGGAUAUUCCUGGAUUACAGCAGAAAGACUUCUUUACUCCUCUGGGACUAGAAGCAGUGACCGUCUUCUCUGUGAACAGCCUACAGCUUUUAGUCCUUUAACACACUUUGCUGAGAUGAAUUCGUUCUACAUCGUGAUUGAAGUAGUAAUUGCUGUUCUCUCCAUAUCCGGCAACAUACUGGUUUGCUGGGCUGUCGCGAUCAACACCACUUUGAAGAACGCCACCAACUAUUUUCUGGUGUCUCUGGCUGUGGCUGAUAUUCUGGUCGGCUGCCUCGCCAUCCCCUUUGCCAUAACCAUCAGCCUCGGCAUACAGCUGGACUUCUAUGGGUGCCUGUUCCUGGCAUGUUUUGUCUUGGUGCUGACACAAAGCUCCAUUUUCAGUCUCCUUGCUAUUGCAAUUGAUAGAUAUCUGGCCGUCAAAAUUCCUCUGAGGUACAAGGAGUUGAUGACGGGAAAGACCGCCAGAGAGAUCAUCGCUAUUUUAUGGAUCCUCUCCUUUGUCAUUGGCCUCAUCCCCUUUUUUGGCUGGAACUUAAAGUACCAGAACUGUGCGAAUGCCAGCGCUGGUGCGAACAACACUACAGACGCUGGCCUCACAGAGGGGCUGAGGGGGGGAGGAGACUUACUACGGAGCUGCAAGCUCAUGUGCUUCUUUGAAAGUGUGGUGGACAUGCACUACAUGGUCUACUUUAAUUUCUUUGUCUGCGUGCUGGUGCCGCUGCUCAUCAUGCUGGGCAUCUACAUGAAGAUCUUCACCGUGGCCAGGAAGCAGCUGAGACAGAUUGAGCUCAAGUGCGUGGGCAACGGGGACAGCCAUCACCACGGGCUGCUGCAGAAGGAAAUCCGGGCCGCCAAAUCCCUCUCCAUCAUCGUGGGACUGUUCGCUAUCUGCUGGCUGCCCGUCCACAUCCUCAACUGCCUCACGCUGUUUUACGAGGAGCUGGAGAAGCCGGGGGUUAUCAUGUAUGUGGCCAUCAUUCUGUCUCACGCCAACUCCGCGGUCAACCCCAUCAUCUACGCGUACCGCAUCCAGGACUUCAGGAACACCUUCCGCAAGAUCCUGACCCGACACUUUCUGUGCCGCAGGGAGGAGCUGUACCUCAGCUCCAAUGGCAGCAGACGCAACAGAGACCAGAUCCACAUGACCAUCGACCCUCUGCUAUAGAGGAAGUCGUGACAGAGGAGCAUUAUCUGUGUCAACUUUGUUGUUCCACUCUUGAAUUUUAAUUUCACUGAGUUUUAUAAUGUUUACAGACCAAGGGUGUGAUAUGUGAAGAUGAACCGAUGUCAGACGCGCCAUGAAUGUGGACACUUAUUUAUGAAUUGUGCCGAGUAUCAGGGGUCAAGCAGAGAAAUGUUGAAUGGUGAGUCUUACAUAACUUUUGUAUUGUGAAGGAUUUCUGAUUUAAAAAAAAACAUGUUCAAGCUAACUGGAUUUGUAGGACUGUGAACAGGAUCCAAACUUUGCUACAUUCUAAAAAUCUAUUUAUCAUUCUGAAUCCACCCUGUUACAACUCCAAACACUCCUUUUUAUGCCCUGAUAUUUUAUAUUGUCAACAUCCAGUGCCAGUGUUUAUUAAUUUAUUUAUUAUGAGACCUUAUCCUUGAGAAUGUAAAGAUCAAAAAACUUUGUGUGGCUAGAUCUGUUCUUGUGGGCCUAGAAAGGUACAAUAGUAGUAGUCUACAUCCGUGCUUAUUUUUGGCUUGUGACCCUUAAAAUGAAUCCAUGCUCAAUAUACAGAAAGAAGUACAGGUUUUCUUCCACUGUGUGUACAGGAGGAGGGACACAGUAGUCUACAGAGGGGUCAAAAACAACAGGGACUCUCAGAAAUCAGAAGAAAAGGAGGAAAUUCAAACAUAAACAAGAAAUUAUGAAUUCUUUUAUAUCCCAUGAAUCAUCUCCCAGAGCCUCAGGGGUCCCAAAAUGAUCUUGUGACCACUGUGGCUAAGAGCCAGAGAUGCUUUGGUAUCUACCAGAUGAACAGCAUGAUUUGAUUCAGUCACAGUUAUAGUAAUUUAGCUGCGCUGGUGCUCCACGUCAUUUCCAUGUUAACACGACAAAAGCUCAGGAAGUGGGAAACUGAUUGUGCCCUUUAUAGAAGUAUGGCAUCUGCACAAAGCACUGUAACCGCUUUGUUUUGAACCAAGUGUUGACAUAAAAAGAAAAGCCUAUGUCAUAUUUGAUACUUCAAAUCAGUGUAAUUUACAUUGUUCCUCAUCAUCCAAGCUUCUGGUACAAACAGUUUUGGGGUGCUUACAUAACGGAGAGCACCAUUGCUUUGAUUCAGUUGGGUGUGUAUGAAUGUCACUUGCCUUAGGAGUCCAGCUGACAACCCAUCUCCCCUCAGACGCAGUCUCAGCUGCGAUCCUGAGGCUCUCAUCUGUUAGCGCAGGCAGUCCUCCACAAGCUGCUGAAGUCACCGUCUGAACGGAGACGAGCAGUUUCAUUUCAGAAAACAAAGACAGGUUUAAAAUAUGUUGCACCAAAUCAAACACCUAAUGAGCCUCCUUAUAGGUGAUUCAAUUCAACCCACAAAAACAGAGAUAAUAUUUGAGAGUGAAGCAGGUAACACUAAUGAAAUGUUCCGCGCAAGGGAAAUUCUUACUUCUUUACACUCGACUGUGCAUCAUAGUCUGAGGCAUUUCCACCGAGUCCUGAUGCUUUGCUUCUUUUUCUGUCGGGGUUAGCAUUGUUGAGCUUACAAAACUAAAGACAGGGGCGAGAGCUGAUGAAUCCCAAAAAAAGGUCUCUGUGAAUUUAGUCAAAGCAGCGUUUUGUCUGGAGUGUCGUAAUUCAUGUGAAAAAAAAGAGGGUGAAUUUGGUCAUCCGAGAGCCAUCA